AUGAUAAAAUUAACGCUAGCGAUGCUUCAGAAAUAUACCGCAAUACUGGUUACUGUAUAUUUAUUAAUUCCAACAUUCGCUUUCAAAAAAACAUCUAAUGUAGAUGAGUUUAUGGUAGAGAAUAAGAGAACGCGAAUGAGGCAAAAUUAUGUUCUUCAAAGAGAUUUAAAGAAUGACGUGGACAAUGACAAAAUAGGUGUUACAUACGUCACGGAACCUUUCAACCCGAACACUAACCCUGAGGAGUUACCAGCGCUGAUAGUAGAUUAUGCGAAUAUGAUAAGAAACGAUAUCAUUUUACUGGACAACUCCGUCGAAACAAGAACCCGGAAAAGAGGAAAUAUAAAAGUAGAAAAGUAUGACCAUGGCGGACUCAAUGAUAUACCAUGCAGUUGUGAACAAGAAAGCAAGGAUGCAAAGUUAUUGGGCGAAGACUACUUCCCUCCCGCAAUAGAAACCAGGAACUGCGACGAACGACUCUGUCCUUCUCCUUACGGUUGCAAGAAGCGUUAUCAUAAUGUAACUGUGUUAAAGCGCAAGAGAUACAUUGAAGAACCUUCUCAAGAGGUAUUGCCUGAAGAUCUAAAAAAACGGUGGAUAGCAAUUAAGAAACCUAUCAUUGUAGGUUGUAUGUGUGUCAAGGACUAU